AAGAUAUUCUCAGUAAGUACACAGCCUGCCAAAAUGAGAAGAAGAAUUUCCCUACAAUGGCAGGCUUCAACUGCAGAAGUACAAGUUGGGCCCAUGAGACUGACACAAUACCCAAUUCAGGUUUUGCUAAUCUUUGCAAAAGAAGACAACCAAAGCAAGGGUUUCUGGUGGGCUUGUGACAGAGCAGGAUACAGGUGCAAUGUUGCCUGGACUCUGGAAUCAGCACUUGAAUGUUUCCUGGAUAAGCACCAGGAAAUAAUUGUUAUUGAUCACAGGAAUUCCAAGUAUUUUGAUGCAGAAGAUAUCUGCAGGUCUAUUCGUGCCACAGAGCUAUCAGAGCAUACUGUAAUACUUGCUGUGGUUCCACGCACAUCUGCUGACCAAGAAGAGACUUCUGUUCUCCCCCUUCUUGAUGCAGGCUUUGAUAGGCAAUUCAUGGAGAACAGCAGCGUAACUGCUUGUUACAAUGAGCUGGUUCAAAUAGAACAUGGGGAAGUGCGAUCUCAGUUCAAAUUACGGGCUUGUAAUGCAGUGUUUACAGCAUUAGACCACUGUCAGGAAGCUGUAGAAAUAACCAGUGAAGAUCAUGUCAUUCAGUAUGUUAAUCCAGCCUUUGAACGGAUGAUGGGGUACUGCAAGGGAGAACUUAUUGGCAAGGAGCUUACUGAGCUACCUAAAAGUGAUAAAAACUCUGCAGAUCUUCUGGACAACAUAAACACAUUUAUUAAAAAAGGAAAGGAAUGGCAAGGAGUUUACUAUGCAAGAAGGAAAUCAGGAGACAGCAUCCAGCAGCACGUGAAGAUAACACCUGUGGUCGGUCAAGGAGGGAAAAUAAGACAUUUUGUGUCCCUCAAAAAACUGCAUUGUACCAAUGAAAACAACAAACAGCUCUACAAGAGUCACCGUGAGGAUAAGUACACAGGAGACAAUUCCCUGUCAGAAUCUGGUUCUUACAAGUGCAAGAACAGAAGGAAAGACUCAGUUGAUGUAAAGUCAAUAACAUCUCAAAGUAGUGAUGCUCCAAGUUUACAGACCCGACGGUACUCCUCAAUGGCACGGAUUCAUUCUAUGACAAUAGAAGCUCCUAUCACAAAGGUUAUUAACAUAAUUAACGCUGCCCAGGAAAACAGCCCGAUCACAGUAGCAGAGGCCCUGGACAGAGUUCUGGAAAUCCUGCGGACAACAGAACUUUAUUCCCCUCAGUUAGGUACCAAAGAUGAAGAUCCUCACACAAGUGAUCUUGUUGGAGGUCUGAUGAACGAUGGCUUGAGAAGACUGUCAGGAAAUGAGUAUGUGUUUUCUAAGAAUAUGAACCUGAGCCAUACUCACCUUCCAGUGCCAAACACCAUCAAUGAUGUUCCACCCUGUAUUGCACAGCUCCUAGAUAAUGAGGAAAGUUGGGACUUCAAUAUUUUUGAGUUGGAGGCUGUUACAAAUAAAAGGCCAUUAGUGUAUUUGGGCUUAAAAGUUUUUGCCCGGUUUGGGGUCUCUGAGUUUUUAAACUGUUCGGAAGCAACACUGCGGGCAUGGCUGCAAGUCAUUGAAGCCAACUACCACUCCUCCAACUCAUACCACAACUCCACACAUGCAGCAGAUGUCCUGCAUGCUACUGCCUUCUUUCUCGGGAAGGAGAGAGUUAAGGGAAGUCUGGACCAUCUAGAUGAGGUAGCUGCAUUAAUAGCUGCCACCAUUCAUGAUGUAGACCAUCCUGGACGGACCAACUCUUUCCUGUGCAAUGCAGGCAGUGAAUUAGCUGUCCUUUACAAUGAUACAGCUGUAUUAGAGAGUCAUCACACGGCACUGGCGUUUCAGCUUACAACAAAAGACAACAAAUACAACAUUUUCAAGAAUAUUGAUAGAAAUUGCUACCGGUCAUUGCGACAGGCCAUUAUUGACAUGGUUUUGGCAACAGAGAUGACAAAGCACUUUGAGCAUGUGAACAAAUUUGUGAACAGUAUCAACAAGCCUAUGGCAUCUGAGGAGACCAGCCCACAUAGCGAAGGCAGCAACACUGAAUGUACAGCCAACAUAAAGAAUUUUCCAGACAACCAGACACUGAUCAAGCGCAUGAUGAUUAAAUGUGCAGAUGUAGCAAAUCCAUGUCGCCCCCUAGAGCUAUGUAUCGAAUGGGCAGGCAGGAUUUCAGAGGAGUACUUUGCACAGACUGAUGAAGAGAAGAGACAGGGCUUGCCUGUUGUAAUGCCAGUAUUUGACAGAAACACCUGCAGCAUCCCCAAGUCCCAGAUUUCCUUCAUUGACUAUUUUAUAACAGAUAUGUUUGAUGCAUGGGAUGCAUUUGCACAUCUGCCAGUUUUGAUGCAACACUUGGCUAAUAACUACAAACACUGGAAAACACUGGAUGAUUUGAAGUGCAAGAGUCUCAGGCUCCCAUCAGAAAACAACAACUGAUACUCAGUCAAGAAAACCAGACCUCUUGCUCUACCAGUUUCACUGUGAAUCACUUACAGAAACUCUUGGCUACAAAGGGGAUUAAUCUUGCUUUUCCAGUGAAAUUAAGACUACAUGACAAGAAGGAAAUAUUUUACUCAUUUUUAAGCUUCUAUGAAUUCUACAUAAAAAUGUUUUUAGAGGCUAUAUAAACCACAGAUGACUAAGUGCUCUUCGGAAAUAAUAUUUUGUGGCAGAAAAUGUACUUCUGAAACUACUUUCUAAUACUGAAUAUGCACUUGUUGAAUCUUGUAGUUGAUACAACUGUAUUCACUAACACAUCACACAACUGUUUUUCAGAGAGAGGGGUAAUUUAGUCACCAGGAGAGUAAGAAUAGCCUAACAAAUAAGGAUGGAAACUUCCCACUUAUCUAGCAUAAAUUUGGUCCAAAUCAGUCAGUGUUCUUCAGCUCUAUGAACCAUACUUCUAAAGAGAACAUGCACAGCAAAACAAGUAAAUCUUAAUAAAUUGGAUACAUAAAAACCCCAAACAUGACACUUUUUAAAACACCUUCUUAUUACAGAGACUCUCUCAGAGCACCACCUGUUCUUUCUUUUCCAUAUAAAAUCUUGGUAGGAGUCAAUGUUCUCUUAAAUUGAUCAUAUAAUACAGGAAAAUAAGCAUGUUCUGUCUAGGUAGUGCCAUCCACAUGGUUCUCUGCCAUCUUGCAGAUGCUAUCACAAAACUUUUCAUCAAAUUUUACACAAAAAAACUAUUGUGGCACUUGAUCACCAUACUUUUUUAUAAAAAUGGUGUUUGUAAACAUGGUCAUCACUUUUAUUAAACUGAUCUAAAUUUUAUGGCAAGUUCAUUUAUUGUGCUACUUCUAGGAUGAACCUAUCACUUUUUAAAAGAAGUUUCCAGACUAUAAUUUAUAAAAGCAUUAUAAUUUGUACUGCUUUAUCCUCCUAAUAAAAUGCUGAUUGGUUUUGUGAUGUAAGAAGUACUUUGAAAUAUGUAUAUCAGUUGGAAAUCAAACAUAGUUCUUCAUUACUUCUAAGAUAUGAAAUUUAUGCUAAGGCUUUCAAAGCACAAAUGUGUAUUUUUGUACAUCUCAUUUUAAUCACAUGCAGAACAUGAGUUUAAAUUUUAGACUAUUCUCAGACAACUCAGUAAAUAAAUACUAGCAGAACUGCUGAUUUUUAACACUGUGCACUCCAGGCUGCAAGCAAGACUGUCAAAGCUGUGGCUGCAGUUAAAGAAGCAGUCCACCUACCCUGUGCUGUAUCAAAAAUGCAACUGGGUAAAGGAAAAGGGGAAAAAAAGCAAACAGCAUAGAUUGCUAUGGACGAAUAGUGACAAUGCUGUUUACUGCAGGUAGCUUACAUAUGUGCCAACCUUUUUUGUAUGUUUUGUACCAAGUUCUGAAACAAAAGGCAACAUUCAUAAAAUGUAUGUGCAGAAGAAUGUAUAGAAGCUAUAUUUUUGUUAGAAUUGUAACAGAUCAUUACUUUUGUCAUAGCCAAGGCAGGUUGCUGUGUAUUAAAAUGCCACAUCAUGUAUAUUUGAAGAAUGGUGUUUCUGGUGAAGCAUGGUUAUUCAUUCCUUCGUAUUAUCUAUGGCAACAUUCUUCAGUGGAUAUUUUUUUCAGAGAAGUUGAACCUCUUUUUUAAUACUGUAUACUGUUUGCUUUUACCAUUUCUUUACUUAGAACUAGUGCUCUUGGUGGUUGUAUCUUAACUAUUCUGAACUGAACAUUCACUGCUGCUUGCAUUAGAAAAAAGAAUUUUCCAAGAUUUAAGCUUUGUUAAUUUAAUUUGUUAAAUACAGCAACAUUGUAAGACCACAUCCAUGUAAAACAUUUAAUUCAUAAUAUUUGUCACACUUCUGUCACAGAACAAAAUGUCAACAGUGGAAGGCAUCAAAAAAAUAAAGUUCUACUUGUGAACCAGAA